CUCAUUGAGUUUAUCAUCGCUACGGUGUUCUUGGAGUUGCAUCCAAUGUGGCGGAUAUCUCGUUUAAAAGCAUCUCCAGCUUCGGGACGAGGAGAAUGAGAAUGAAACCGAGAUGGAUAUGACGGAACACGGCCGACAUCAAGAGAUCCUCCGCAUCAGUCGAAAGAAACUCGAGUCCUUCUUCGAUCCCGAUGGGGACCUGUCCAGGGCCGAGGAAUUCUUUCAACGGGUGAGCGUAAAUCGCCUUGAUAUGAGCGAGCAGAAAUGCAUUUACUUAACAACUAUCGACAGAACUGAGCACACGAGAGAUAAAUUUGCUCUGCAGGUGAUGGAGAAGACGGGAACUUUCGUCCGGUGGCCUUCUCGCAUCAAAAUUGGCGCUCGGUCCAAGAGAGAUCCUCAGAUCAAGAUCAUGGGGGAGCAGGAUGCAGUCCUCAAUGCUCGAGAGAAGAUCCUCGACGUCUUCGAAUGCCGGAUGAAUCGAAUCAGUUUGAAGAUGGAGGUCUCCUACACGGAUCAUUCGCACAUCAUCGGUCGAAAGGGAGAGAGCAUCAAGAGCGUGAUGGAUAGCACGGGCUGUCAUAUCCAUUUCCCUGACUCCAAUCGCUUCUCGACGACCGAGAAGUGCAACCAGGUCUCCAUCGCCGGGGAACCCCAGGCCGCCGAACUCGCCCGGGCACGCGUCCGAAGGUUGACUCCGGUGAUCUUCAGCUUCGACUUCAUCUGCAUCUGUGACUCGGACAUCUCCCAGUACCCGAUCAUGAAUGAGAUUCAGCGGAGUUACAACGUGCAAGUGUUUCUUCGCACCCGCGGCCGGAACAUGAUCACUGUCCAGGUCAAGGGGAAUCAGUGGGAAUUACCCGCCGUCCGGGAUGCUGCCCUCACCCUCAUGCUUCACCUCUGCCAGGGCCAGGUCCCGGUUCACAUGACAUUGGAGAUCUCGCCACAGCAUCACGCUCUGGUCCUGGGACCGAAUCUGGCUAACGUCCGUAUGAUCAUGCAACGGACGAACACGCAGAUCAUCUGGCCGGAUCUUCAGGAUCCCAAUCUUCCUUCCUUGAAGCGUUCCACAUUCACCAUUUCUGGGGCCAUCACAAACGUCUACAUGGCCAGGGAACUCCUAAUAGGUUCCAUCCCAUUGAUAUUGAUGUGUGACAUGCCGGCGAACGUGAGUCUGAACGUGAUCACGGUGCAAGAAGUGAUGGCGAAGCUGGACGUGAUGGUGUACGAGAGACCCAAGACCCGAUUGCCCGGUCAUCGGACGUUGGUCAUCAAAGCCCUAGAGAGGAAUGCUGGCAGCGUAUACGAAGCCCGGCGUCUCCUCUUGAAUCUACAAGAUGGGAUAGUGCAAGCGGAGAUCCCUCAGACCUACAUUAUGCCCGGUGCCCCGCCACUCCUCGGCCUCGAGAAGCCGCGUGGUGCGAUGAGUGGGUGCUCGCCAUUUCUACGUGCGGUGGCGCCGGUGGUGCACCCAUUGCUCUUCACCCGGGAGGUGACCACACCGUACAUGAACCCACCGACUCGUUGUAUUAUUGGAGCAACUGGCUGUUGGGGAGGAGGUGGAGGAGGAGGUGGUAGUAGUGGUAGUGGCAGUGAGCAGGGAGGAUUCAGCCUGGGAUCCUCCAUCCCCUCUUCUACUCCUCCCUCCUCUUCCUCUUCCUCCAUCUCCCUCUCUCAGCCUCACUCUCAUUCUCAAUCCCUGGAAUCCAUCCAUGAGUCUAACGAGAUGCUGGAUCUUAAGGCUCCUGGCUGCGAACGAUCUGCCUUAGUCAGGGGUGCCAGUGCCUCUAGUCCAGGCGACUACGAACGCAAGCAACUCUUGGCCAAUCGAGCGAUGCAAGAGCCAGUGCAGCGGGACGUGCCCCGGAUCCCGACAUCUACGUGGAGCGGGUUAGGAUUCUCUCGAAGUGCCAACAUCCCGUCUGCCUCUGUCUCAUCCACAUCUCCUCCUCGUUCUCAACCUCAACCGGACCCCGCCUGGCCAGGCGACAGCGGCGGUGGAGGGGGGGAUGCCGUGUUUCGGGAUCCCCCAGGGGUGGAUGAGGAUAGACUCGGGUUGAGGAGGAAGUUGGAUUUCCUCAUCACUCCAUCCCGGUUGAGUGCAUCUAAUCACAUGGAUGCCGUGAACGUCCACUUGAGCCCCAUCUCGCAACAUGACUCCCUACCCGAACUCUUAGCCAAACUCGGCCUGGGCAAAUUCGCCGACUUGUUAGAAAAGCAGGACGUGGACGUGGGUACAUUCCGGACGAUGACGGAAGAAGACUUACAGAAACUCGGAGUUCGCACUUUCGGUGCACGACGCAAGAUGCUUCUCGCCAUACAGGGAAUUCAGAUUUAUGCACCAGGAAAUUUGGAAGCCUCUAGAGCUGAACAAGGGUUCUCCUCUUCGAGGGCAUUCCUUCGAACGUCAUUCCUCGUCCACUUCCUCUAUCGGAUCCGGGAUCUGGUGAGAGACUGGAUCAUACUUGCAUCUCAUCUCUCAGCCACUCGAAUUUUCUAUCGCCUGUACAAGUGUCUCGCUGAUUAUCAGAUUGAUAUUCCCUCGGCAUAGUGUUACUCCAGAGUGUUAGAUUUGCAUUGUUUCUUCUCUCUGUCUCUUGCCGCUUUCUCUGAAAUCUCCUUUCCUAGUUACCUGAAUCCAACUCGAAACCAGAUGAUGAUGAUGAUUUUCUCCCCUUCAAGAGUAUUUUUUUUAUACUAUAAACCGGCCUCUUUAUGAACUCUGAGAGAUAAAGAAGCCUAUAGUGAUACGUUUAGGAAGGAAGUAAGGAAUCGAAAGCAACUUCAACUUCCCCAACUUCCCCCCCAAGUCUUUCAUUUCAUUGCAGUGAAAAUUCUCAUUCUGACGUUGGCAUGAUUGUUUUUGUCGCUUUCCCACCCCCAGAUAUUUCCUCCAUUUUUUUUUCUCUCACACACGUGAAUCGAUGUGACUUUAGGGAUACGCGUCUCACUCUUCAUAUGAUCAACCGAGAUUUGCAUGCUGGAACGAGAUUUUAUCCCGGAUUAUAUAUGAAUAGAUGGAUAUUAGAUAGCUCUCUUCCCAUUUCUCGAUCAGACUCUUAAUCCGAAAAUGAAAUCGGUAUGAUUGGGAGGAAGACUGCUUAGAUUUCCUCCUCCCUCACUUUUUUUUCGUCUCCGUUUUCCGUUUAUCUCCUUCUUCUUUGGGUUCUUGUUCUUUGAGAAUUUGAUUCCUAGAUGGAUUGUGAUGAUUCGGGAAAUUUUGGUUUUUCUAUCGUUUCCCCCCC